AUGAUGUUCUUCGUCCAGCCGGAUUGCCCCUCCAGAUUCGCCCACCAAGACGAGCAUCGCAUCAGAGGCCUCAACGCCGAGACCAUGGCCCACGUCUUCCUGCCUCCUCCGUCGUGGUUGCUCACUGCGGAAUAUGCGCCUCUCCGAUCGGAUACCGACGACUCCGCGACAUCCAUCUUCUUCAGCCUCAAUCUCUCAAUUUACAAUCAGCCAGUUGUCGCCUCCGAAUGGACCGAAGAGUGGUUUUUCAUGAAUGGCCGCGUCCAUCCCUACGCCCUUGCGUGGGAGGUCGAGCAACGAGACGGUCUUGAGUCUGGCGCCGGAGGCAUCCUUCUCUACACUAUGCCCGCCCUUAUCAUCCGCGACCAAGGCUACCAGCCCGUUCUUCCUAGGCUCUUUGCCUCCAUGGACAGCUUCCCCGGCUUCCACCCGUUUCAGGUCUUCGUCAUCUUCCCCAUCCGCGCCAACCCGUGGGCCAUCCUUUGCAAGAAGAUGGCCGAGAGGCGGGACUCUCAAUUCCAUACUAAUAUCUCCUUCACCUGCACGGGCAAGGUCGCUGGCCUCCUCGAUCACCGCGUCAUGGUCCACCAGCCGAGCUCCGACAGAGACUACAUCUUCAUCGUCGUCCCGGAUUCUUGGACUUUUCUCGACAAGACCGCCACCACCGCAGCCGCGAUGCCCGCGCUGCCUCUUUCUCUGUCGCUACACCUGGCGCCCUCCGCCGAGUCCUCCGCCUUCGGCUUCGACUUCGGCUUCGGCCGAUCCCGUUACACCGCUGCAGAAGCGUCCUUGUCCCGAGCCCGCCGACACGCCAACGAAGAAACCGCGCCUGUUGCAGCUGGCCUCAAAACCUUCCUCAUCGGCCGCCACUGGAAGCUCUGCCACUCAAUCGUUCUCUCUUUCCGCUGCCUCUUCUUCCUUCGAGCCGGAGACGAUGAGACAGAGUCCUGCCUCGGGAACCGUCUUGGGACCCGCCGUUGA